GUCACCAGGCAUCAAGUCAUUUGGCUCGACAGCGGGCACCGCGUCAUCUGGCAAGGCAGUGGGCUCCGAGUCAACAGGCACGACAGUGGGCACCGGGUCAUCAGGUACCGGAUUGUCUGGCUCGACAGCGGGCAUCGGGUCACCAGGUAUGACAGCGGGCACUGGGUCACCAGGCAUCAGGUCAUUUGGCUUGCCAGCGGGCACCGCGCCAUCUGGCAAGGCAAUGGGCACCGGGUCACCAGGCAUUGGAUCGUCUGGCUCGACAGCGGGCAUCGGGUCACCAGGCAUCAGGUCAUUUGGCUUGCCAGCGGGCACCGCGUCAUCUGGCAAGGCAGUGGGCACCGGUCACCAGGCAUUGGAUCGUCUGGCUUGACAGCGGGCAUCGGGUCACCAGGUAUGACAGCGGGCACUGGGUCACCAGGCAUCAGGUCAUUUGGCUCGCCAGUGGGCACCGCAUCAUCUGGCAAGGCAGUGGGCACCUAGUCACCAGGUACGACAGCGGGCUCUGAGUCAAUUGGCACGACAGCGGGCACAGGAUCAGGUACCGGAUCAUCUGGAUCAACAGCGGGCAUCGAGUCAACUGGC